AGUCCAAAGGAACAAACUCGUCAUCAAAGGCCACACCCUUGCCCAGUGUGUCAGCCCCUGCCGUAGUGAAAGAAGACCCAGCUGUGGAAGGGGUCAAGGUCAAAGACAAGGUCAAGGACAGUGUUUCAAGUGGAGACAGCUUGGCAUCUUGUAGAACCCAUAGUGACCCUUCUUUAAAUACCAAGGAAGAAUCCUCCAUCCCCUCAGACAACAUGAGCCUGCCAGAUAUAGACCUGCCUCCACUCAACAUCCGUACCACCAGAGACCGGGCUGACACAGAGACUGACAUGGACCUGAGAAAGACAUCUUUAGUCACUUAUGCAGUGGAGCCAAAGUGGAAUGAAAACUUCACAUUUGAAGUCCAGGACCAUCAUAAAUACUUCAACAUCUGUGUGUGGUGCAAGACCUCAGCCAAAGUGGACAAACAGUUCCGCGUCAUCAAACCAGAGAUGGACUUUGUUAUAGGACACGUCAGUAUACCCCUGAUGGAGAUAGCUGACCAGUGCUUGGCCACCACCCAAGGUGACCGACAGCUGACAUAUACACUACUGCCAUCCAUGACUAGGGGAGGAGCAAGCCGAUCUAAAACCAAACUGAGUCUCCAGCGAGGAUUUGAUGAAUCUCUGACGUUUGGGGACAUCACUCUCACAUUUCGCCAUGACCCUGGGCCCCUGACUCCACAGCAGAGGAAGAAAAUCAGAGAGGAGAUUAAAAAACAAAUGGAGGACGAAAAAGAGAGGAAAACUCUGCAGAUAGACUCUGUGAGACCCCAGACUGUAUUGAAUGAAGAGAUUAGAAAGUCCUUAGAGGGAGGUCAUGACUUUGUAGAAACUAACUUCCAUUCUGUUACUUACUGUAACUUUUGUGGAAAGAAGAUCUGGUUAAAGGCCGCCUACCAGUGUUUAAUGUGUACCAUGAUCUGCCAUAAGAAAUGUAUUCAACGUUGCCAGUCCACUAUUACUUGUCCAAGAAACGGGAAGCCGCCAGAUGUGCCAAAGCCAGUACAGGAGGAGAAGACAGAAUCCAACUUUCAUCGAAAGAAAGAACACGUCAAAGAAGCAAUACUCACUCGACUGCGUAAGAAAACAGGGUCAUCACCACUGAUCACUGGCAGCGAGGAGCUCCUAAGAGCAUCAGGAGAAGUAAAGAUGGACCUACCAGAGAGUACAAUGGGGAGUGGAGUGAAGGAUGAUAACUUUGUCCAAACUAAAGCUAAAAAAUCCCAAAGACGAAGACUGUCCAACAGUGAAUCUGCAGAAACUAAGGAAUUUGACUCCUCAGAGACCAACAGUUCAGACUCGGAGGAGGAGUUGAACCUGAUCCAGUUCCUGCAGAAGCACCAGAAGACGCACCAACAUGAGGAGCAGGUGGUCUCCAAGGCCAAGGAGAUGGGGAGAGAUCUGCAUGCAGACCUGACACCUAUUGACAGGAGGGAUAAACUAGAUGCCAUGAUCACAAAAUUCCAGCAAGAGAUAGACCUGGAGUCGGAAUUUCGUGCCGACCUGCUGAAGGAAGAGAAGGAGGCAGUGCACCCAGAUCAGAAAGUCCAACUGAAGGCCAAAGUGAAACACUCUGAGGAGAAGAUCCAAGCCCUGGGCUAUCUCAUGCUCCAUUACUGUGCAGGCCUGCAACAUUGUCUGGAUCAGAUGGAGGAAGAGAAGCAGAAGAGAAAGAUGACCUCUGACGCUGCUAAGGUGAUCUCUGACGCUGCUAAGAUGACCUCUGACCCUGCUAAUGCUACAGAGGAGAAGCAGAGAAAGGAACAGGGAGAAGAGCUCUGACUGUUUACUUCAGGGGUUGUAACAGAAGGA